AUGAUGUUCUUCAAUCGAACAUUCUAUUUUCUUUUUAUUACUCUAUUAUUGAUUUAUUUAACAGUGCAUGUUGAAAGUGCCGGUACUGGUACAAACAGGAAUCAAUGGAUAAGACAUCCCGGAAUCACUGAACCCUAUCCGCUACGAGGUUCAGUUCCUCAGAGUCCAGCUGGUUCAGCAUCUCAAUCACAAGGACAUCCUCCAAGAUCUGCAUCGCCACCAUGA